AUGGUCAGAGAUGUCUUCGAUUCCAAUGCCCUUGGUAGUUUAGUUGGCGGUAUGGGCAUUGGACAUGUGCGAUAUCCCACUGCAGGAAGUUCUCACCAUGCCGAAGCACAACCGUUCUAUGUAAACUCCCCGUACGGUAUCGUAUUCGCGCAUAAUGGAAAUUUGAUUAAUACCGCGCCGCUGCUACAAUUUAUGGACGCAACCGCACAUCGCCACAUCAACACAUCGUCCGAUUCUGAGCUACUUUUGAAUAUCUUUGCGGAUAACCUGCAGAAAACUGGAAAAUUUCGUAUCAACGAGGAGGAUAUCUUUACCGCCAUUGGUGGGCUCAUGGAACAAUGCAAAGGGGCGUAUGCCUGCGUAGCAAUGUUGGCCGGUUUUGGCAUCAUCGCUUUCCGAGACCCGAAUGGUAUCCGACCUGUUGGUAUGGCUUCUCGCAAGGCGCACGGCGGCACUUCUGGGAGAGACUACCUAUUUGCAAGCGAGAGUGUCGUCGCCGAUGCCAGUGGAUUCGGGGACUGGGAGGAUGUCAAACCUGGAGAGGCGGUGAUAAUUACUCGCAGUACCGUAUCCCGUCGGGUCGUCGGGAAAGCUGCCGCUUUCGCACCAGACAUAUUCGAAUACGUCUACUUUGCACGACCUGACUCGGUGUUAGACGGCAUUAGCGUUUAUCGGAGCCGAAUGGCAAUGGGCGACGCCCUUGCAGAUGAGGUAAAGCGAGUACUCGCAGAGAGAGGUCUCACAGUUGACGUUGUAAUACCCGUUCCCGACACUUCGCGUGUUGCUGCAUUAAAUCUCGCACAAAAAUUGCAACUUCCGUACCGCGAAGGUUUCAUCAAGAAUCGCUAUGUUGGGCGGACAUUCAUCAUGCCCGGACAACAAGUCAGGCGUAAGAAUGUGCGGCGAAAGCUCAACGCAAUGGCCUUAGAGUUUGCUAACAAGAACGUCCUCAUUGUCGAUGAUUCCAUCGUGCGAGGUACAACCUCGAAGGAGAUCAUCCAGAUGGCCAAAGACGUUGGAGCCAAGAAAGUAAUAGUUGCCAGUUGUGCACCCCCGAUACGAUACUCGAACGUAUACGGCAUCGACAUGCCCUCACGCUCUGAGCUUGUCGCGCAUAAUCGUGACACCGACUCCAUAGCUCGAACGAUCGGGGCAGAUCUUGUCAUCUUCCAGACACUUCCAGACCUGAUCUCUUCUGUUCGCCAAUUUAAUCCUGAGAUCGCCGAUUUUGAUUGCUCGGUGUUCACUGGGAAGUAUGUAACAGGAGGUGUGGACGAGGAGUACCUAGCAAAGUUAGAGCAAAUACGAGCGGACAAUACAGGAGCGCGCCCGAACGGAGUGAGCCAAGGCUCAGAUGCGGUGCAGGAGGGCAGGGAGCUCGCUCUGGGUUGCAGCGGACCGAUGAAUGGUGCCGACGAUACGAUAGGGUUGCAUAAUAGCUGGAAGUUAAGCUGA